AUGAUCGCCAUGCAAUUUGCGUUUCCGAGGAGGAGGGCUCCCAACCAACGAACACUCGGUGGCCCGGGUUCGACAGGAGAUGCAAGCGUCGUCGUCGCGGGAAUCCCUGUCGACGGAGAUCCAAAGGAAUCCGGUGUGUCGAAGCCGCUGUUAUUGAAGCUUCCAGAAUAUGUGUCAGUGUGGAUGUUGCCAGGACGGCCAUUCGUCGAGAAGCGUGUGGGUUUGGGUGCAAUGGCUAUGGGAGCCGUCCGGGAGAUGGCGCUUGGUAUCGACAUAUUGAAGGUCGAGAGGGAGAAACAAGGCCGGCAGCCACAAAUACCGCGCUUCGACCUGGGCCCGGCAGCAGGUGUGAGCGAUUACCUUGCCCAGGGUAUGUCGAGACACGGGGCUCAGAAAGAUCCGCUUAUCACCGCUACAAUGGGCGCACAAGAUGCGGGUUGCUAUACAGUGCCCCGGCUAUACCGCCCUGUCCGUGGACUGCGAUAUCUUGUGGGUAUCGAGAAUGGACAAGUGCCGUGCUCCGCGGGCAUCAACUUGGUAAAAAAUGAGAGCGAGCCCUCGUGGAAACUUCGUGUAGAGAGGACCUGA